CCAGCCUCUGACAAAGCGAUCGAGAAGCUCCGGGCGGCACCAGGUCGAUCCAGAGACUUCUAGCCGCUUACGGUGCCUCCGUGUCUGUCCGGCCCUGCUGUUGAACACAGAGGAAUUUCACCUCUGGAUCUGAGUUAAAAAAAAUUACGGUACAUAAUGCCCACGAUAAAAUUACAGAGCUCUGAUGGGGAAAUCUUCGAGGUCGAUGUUGAGAUCGCCAAACAGUCUGUCACUAUUAAGACCAUGUUAGAAGAUUUGGGAAUGGACGAUGAAGGAGACGAUGAUCCAGUUCCCCUCCCUAAUGUGAAUGCAGCCAUCCUUAAGAAGGUGAUUCAGUGGUGCACUCAUCACAAAGAUGACCCUCCUCCUCCUGAGGAUGAUGAGAACAAGGAGAAAAGAACAGAUGACAUUCCUGUUUGGGACCAGGAGUUCCUCAAAGUGGACCAAGGCACCUUGUUUGAACUCAUUCUGGCCGCCAACUAUUUGGACAUCAAAGGCCUGUUAGAUGUCACCUGCAAGACGGUGGCUAACAUGAUCAAAGGCAAAACCCCAGAGGAGAUCAGGAAGACUUUCAACAUCAAAAAUGAUUUUACAGAGGAGGAGGAAGCCCAGGUACGCAAAGAGAACCAGUGGUGUGAAGAGAAGUAAAGGGGGAGAUCCUGCCAACACUACCACACUGAAAAGGAAUUGUCCCUGCUAACUGGUUGCACUGGCGUUGUUCAUACUUGUCAAUAUUUACAUUUAGUGUACUUAGAGCCACAUCACAGCCGCCCUUCCCCUCCCCAUCCCUUGACCCCCAGUUAUCACCCCACCAACAGCAUGACCAUUUUAACUUGCCUGUGUGUUGUCUUAAUUUAAAUAAAAAGAAGCUCUUUUCGGUUA